AUGGAAGAUGAGAUUUUUGACUAUGCACCGCGACCCUCGAAAAAGCGGGUACGGCAGGCUUGUGAGCCUUGCAGGCGAAAGAAAGCCAAAUGUCCUGGAGAACAGCCAGUCUGCUCUCUGUGUGCUAGGUUGGGACAGCAAUGCCUAUACGCCGACGAAAGGCGUCGGCCGCUGUCUGAGUCAAGUCCAAGGCCCAAUGAUUCAGACCUGCGAGCACCUCGGGUUCUAGAAGACAGACUGCAAAACCUUGAAGGCAAACUGGAGCAGGUUCUUGAUGUGCUAGGUGGGAGAAACGAGCCACAACGACAGGCAGCACCUCUUGUUCCACCGACACUGUCGAUGACAGGUUCAUCUGUCAGCUUACCGCCGUGGGAGGAGAUAGUUCCUAUCGCGGAACUAUAUUUGCUGUACUGUGAAUCUCAACCUUUGCCUCUUUUCCACAAGGACGGCUUUCUGUCUAAUCUACAGACACGGGAUGCCGAGCUUCUCUUCGCUAUAUUGGCACUUGGUCUUCGAUUCUCAUACGAUCAUCGUAUCAGGGCCGAUUUCUCUGCUCUCGUCACCGGCUAUGCCGAGGUUGCUCGCAGUCUUGUAAUGAAAAGAGUCUCAGAAGGGCCGGUGGAACUAUCAACACUUCAAUGUCUCUGCAUCUUGAGCUUAGUUGACUUCACGAAUGGCAAUACACACCGUUCCAGUAUUCACAGCAGCUUGGCAAUGAACCUUGCCCAGUGCGCCAAUCUGGGACAAGAGCCCCGUUCAUCAACAAGCACCACAUUUCGCGAGGAACGCAGACGGUGUUUCUGGAGCAUAUGUCUUCUGAAGCGAUUACACGGCGAAGACUUCUCGAUCCUAGACAUACCCGAUGCCCCAGGCCCUCCAUACCCCCGGAGCCCAGCACGACCAGCGCGCUUCCUCUCCCCGGGACCAUCAAUUGUCGAAAUGCGCCGAAGUGACAUGGAGGAUGAAGGAAUAAUUGCAUAUGUGGUGAUGUUAAGCGAAGUGUUCGCAAGGACAGCACGAUAUGUUCGACUCCAUGGACGCCCAAGCAACGUCCCACCAUGGUCUCCUGAAUCCGAAUACUCGAAGAUCCUGGCGUUACAGAUGGUAAUGGAGACUCGCAUGCCAUACCUCCACCGAUUCAAGCCCGCGAAUCUCAGUGAACGCUCCUUGGACGAGCUGCAGGCACAUCGUGAAUACUGGGGGCCAUGGUUCCUGAACCAAUUCAUGUAUCACACCAAUCUCUGUCUACUCAACCACCCUCUUCUGCUUUCGCUAAGCCUGAGGAAUUUCCGGAGUACUAUUCCUGAGAUCUUCCUACAACAUACGUCGGAUUUGAUCUCCUCUCAUACGACAUGGAUCAUUCACUUCAUCAACUACCUUGAAGAGAAGUCGUUCCUAGUAUCGGAUCCGGUACUAGGAUAUAGCGCAGCUGUCGUGGCUACGAUCGAGUUACAGCUCAGCUUUACAGAUAAUGCAACGAUCAGAGAACAGAAGCGCGAGAGAUUCACCAAGUGCGUCAAGUUCGUGCAGACAAUAGGGGAAAGAUGGCCGCACAUGGCUCGAUUGGCACACAGGCUUCAACGCCUAGAAGACGCCGUUUCAGCCACCUACCAAUCAGACCCGGAAGCGCAAAAUCAAAGCCUUCUGAUUGAUCUGUCCCGGUUCUGGGAGAUCCUUGAAUACUCAUCCAACAGCGACACUGACUCUGCUAGGCGCCUCUUCGGAGACACCCUUUAUGCCGGAUCCUCUUCUGCGGGUACAGAGGUAUCUCAAACAUCUCCCUUGCCUGCCCCGUUCCGCCUGAGUGCCCAGGAAGGGGAUACUCCCAAUAUCCAGUCUCAAUCGUUCGACAAUGCCGCUUUUCCUAGCCAAGACUAUGCCGCGAACUCGUUGGUCUCGCCGCAGCAGUUGACGCUAUCCAAUGAUGGGUAUUCUAUUCUUGCUGCAAAUUUCUUUUCUCAGGGGCAGGAGUUCCUGCGCAGUGGAGAUAACUGGGAUAGUAUAGGGAAUUUCUGA